GUCAGCAUGAGCCCCGUGGGCAAGCAGAGCCCCUCAUCUCUGCCCGUCCCCUCGGGAGGGUCCUGCCUCAUCCUCUUCUUCUGCCUGCGCCUGGGCGCGUCCUGCCCGCAGAGCUGCCAGUGCCCUGAGCACGCCGGGGCCGUGGCUGUCCACUGCAGCGCGAGGGGCCUGCAGGAGAUCCCCAAGGACAUCCCCGCCAACGCUGUGCUCCUGAAGCUGGAUGCCAACCAGCUCAGCCACAUCCCUAACGGGGCCUUCCAGUACCUGCACCAGCUGAGGGAGCUGGACUUGUCCCAGAACCUCAUCGAGACCAUCGGCCCUGCUGCCUUCUCGGGCCUGGCCGGGGGCCUGCGGCUGCUGGACCUGUCCCGUAACCGCAUCCGCAGGAUCCCCAAGGACGCCCUGGGCAAGCUGAGCGCCAAGGUCCGCCUUUCCCACAACCCCCUGCACUGCGAGUGUGCGCUGCAGGAGGCCCUGUGGGAGCUCAAGCUGGACCCCGAGUCCGUGGACGAGAUCGCCUGCCACACGGCCGCGCAGGAGGAGUUCGUGGGGAAGCCGCUGAUCCAGGCUCUGGACUCCGGGGUCAGCUUCUGCAGCACCCACCGCAAGACCACGGACGUGGCCAUGCUGGUCACCAUGUUUGGCUGGUUCGCCAUGGUGAUCACCUACGUCGUGUACUACGUGCGCCAGAACCAGGAGGACGCCAGGCGGCACCUGGAGUACCUGAAGUCCCUGCCCAGCGCCCCCGCGUCCAAGGACCCCAUCGGCCCCGUGCCCUAG